AUGCCUAGCAAAGGCUUCAAGGCAAUCGUCGUCGGAGGCGGCCCGGUCGGCCUCACAGCCGCCCACGCCCUUUCACGCGCCAACAUCGACUUCGUCCUCCUCGAACGCCGCUCAAGCCCCGUCAUCGACGCCGGUUCGAAUCUCGUGCUGAAUCCUAUGGGGCUUCGUGCACUUGACCAACUCGGUCUCGGAUCUUCUCUCGAGGAAGUUAGUUCUACACUCGGUCUUGUCAACAGACAGGAUCAUCAAGGCCGCGAUAUUGGUAAUGCGUACUGGUUUAUCCUCUUUAACAAACUUUUGGGGACGUAUCCUCGUGUCGUUAGUCGUCAGGAUCUGACAAAGGUUCUUUACGAGUCACUGCCUUCUUCGACCAAGGCAAACAUCUUGACCGACAAGAAAGUCUCCGAUAUUGUUCCUACCGAAACAGGCGUCCAAGUCUCUUGUAACGAUGGAACAUCCUACGAAGGUUCCAUCGUCAUCGGCACAGACGGCGCACACAGUUAUGUCCGUGAAAAGAUGCGCGAACUCGCUCUCAAAGACGAUCCCGAACACGCCAACGAAGAAAAGCCCUUCUUGACCACGUUCCGAGCCCUCUGGCUACGUAUGCCCACCAAGUUUGCCCAGAUUGAAGAGGGCGUUACCUGCGAGACUCAUGGCCCUGGUGCUGCGACACAGCUCUUCUCUGGAGAGGAAUCAACUGUCAUGGGUCUUUACGAGAAGCUGGAGACACCUACACGAGAUCGUGUUCGACACACCGAAGCUGAUCAAGUUGCGCUCGUUGAGCGAUGGGGUCACAUCCCUCUUGCACCCGGCGGCAAACUCACCCUCAAAGAUGCCUUCAAGGAACGCACCCAAUCUGGUCUCGUCAGUCUCGAAGAAGGCGUCGUAAAGAACUGGAGCUGGGGAGGCCGCGUAGUUCUCGCAGGCGACUCAGCGCAUAAGUUCACACCAAGUCUCGGCGCAGGCUGCAACAACGGAAUUAUCGACGUGGUAGCUCUCGUCAACCAACUCUACGGUCUUCGCCAACAAACACCAUCGCCCACACACGCUCAACUCGCCGCUGCUUUCAAGACAUACCAAGAUUCGCGCAUGGCACCUGUCAUGGAAGCUUGCCGGACUUCAGGCAACGCUACUGCUAAUGCGACGUGGCAGUCUGGCGUUUUCAAGUUUAUCGACAAGUAUGUCAUGGGAAUUGAAAAGGUGCAGAAUUAUCUGGUUGGAAUGGGUGCACCCAAGAUGGCUCAGGCGCCUAGAUUGACUUGUAUUGACGGGCCGGAGAGGAUUGCUGGGACGGUUCCUUGGGCUCCUACUGAGACCAAGGUCUACUGA